AUGGCUAUCCUCCUGGUCAUUCUUCUCUUAUCUUUUUCUUCACCUUCAUUAGCUCUUCCUUCUUCGUCUCCAAGUUUCGUUCCAAAAGAUAGUUUUCUUAUUGAUUGUGGUUCUGAAAAUGUAGUUACUUUACCUGAUGGUAGACAAUUCAAAUCAGAUCCACAAGCAAAUUCAUUUUUACAAGCUAAGGAUGAUUACAAAGUUUCAGCAACUGAUGCUGAUGUUCCUUCACCUAUAUAUUCAACUGCUAGAAUUUUCAUUCAAGAAGCUAAGUAUUCAUUCCAUUUGGUUCAGCCUGGUUUUCAUUGGAUUCGCCUUCAUUUCUAUCCUAUCAAAAACAGCGUUUUCGAUCUUCAAAAGGCCACGUUUUCUGUCAACACAAAUACUUUUGUUCUUCUUCAUAGCUUCAAUGUGAAUAACACUGACAAAGCAAUCCUCAAAGAAUAUCUCAUCAAUGCAACAGAACCACAGUUGAUGUUGUCCUUCAUUCCUUUGAAGAAUUCGGCUGCGUUUAUCAAUGCAAUCGAGGUUGUUACGGCGCCAGAUAGCCUAAUCGUUGACACCGGCUCGGGACUUUUCCCAGUCGCCCCGGUUAACGGAUUAACAGCCUAUGCUUUCCAGCCUGUUUUUAGGUUGAACAAUGGAGGACCUCUAAUUACAUCAGCAAAUGAUACACUUGGAAGAAUUUGGGAAUCUGAUGAACCUUAUCUUACAAAUAAGAAUCUUGGAAAGAGUGUUACUGUUGCUACUAAUGUUGUUAAGUUUCCUCAAGACAAUCCGGAUAUUUCGCCUUUGAUUGCACCACAAACUGUUUAUUCUUCUGCCACUGAGAUGGGUAAUGCUGAUGUGAGUCUACCAAAUUUCAAUGUGUCAUGGAAAUUUGAUGUUGACACUUCUUUUAGUUACCUUGUUAGGUUGCAUUUUUGUGACAUUGUGAGCAAAGGACUUAAUCAACUUUACUUCAAUGUUUAUGUCAAUGGAAAAACUGCAAUUGCUAAUUUGGAUUUAUCAGCUAUAAAUGGUGCAUUGGCAACACCAUAUUAUAAAGAUUUUGUUGUGAAUGCAACAUUGAUGACUCAAGGAUUGAGUGUUCAAAUUGGUCCUGCAGAUGCUAAUGGUGGAAAUGCUAAUGCAAUUAUGAAUGGUAUUGAGGUUUUGAAGAUAAGCAACACAGUGAAUAGUUUGGAUGGUGAGUUUGGUGUUGAUGGAAGGAGAGUUGGUGGUUCGAACCGUGGAACGGUUGCAGCGGUCGGUUUUGCUAUGAUGUUUGGAGCAUUUGUUGGUCUUGGUGCUAUGGUGAUCAAGUGGCAUAAGAGGCCUCAAGAUUGGCAAAAGAGGAAUAGUUUCUCUUCAUGGUUGCUUCCUUUACACGCCGGCGACACAAGUUUCAUGAGUAGCAAGAAUUCAAUAGGGAAAAGCAACAUUUUCUCAUCAUCAAUGGGAUUAGGAAGGAUUUUCUCCUUUUCAGAAAUACAAGAAGCAACAAAGAAUUUUGACUCCAAAAACAUUAUUGGUGUUGGUGGUUUUGGUAAUGUUUAUUUAGGUGUGAUUGAUGAAGGGGUUCAAGUUGCUGUCAAGAGAGGAAAUCCACAAUCAGAACAAGGUAUCAAUGAAUUCCAGACUGAAAUCCAAAUGUUGUCUAAGCUUAGACAUAGACAUUUGGUUUCAAUGAUUGGAUAUUGUGAUGAAAAUGAAGAAAUGAUUCUUGUUUAUGAGUACAUGCCUAAUGGACAUCUUAGAGAUCAUCUUUAUGGAAAGAACAUGCCAGCACUUUCUUGGAAACAAAGGUUGGACAUUUGCAUUGGAUCGGCAAGAGGUCUUCAUUACCUUCACACUGGUACGGCACAAGGAAUCAUUCAUCGCGACGUUAAGACAACAAACAUCUUGCUUGAUGAGAAUUUCACGGCUAAGGUAUCCGAUUUUGGACUUUCAAAAGACGCGCCUAUGGGACAAGGUCACGUUAGUACCGCCGUGAAAGGUAGUUUUGGUUAUCUUGACCCUGAGUACUUCAGGAGACAACAAUUGACCGAAAAGUCUGAUGUUUACUCGUUCGGAGUAGUCCUGCUCGAGGCAUUGUGCGCCAGGCCAGCUAUUAACCCUCAGUUACCUAGAGAACAAGUUAACUUAGCUGAUUGGGCUAUGCAAUGGAAGAGAAAGGGUUUGCUUGAUAAAAUCAUUGACCCUCUUCUUGUCGGUUCGAUUAAUCCCGAAUCUAUGAAGAAAUUUGCCGAGGCUGCUGAGAAAUGUUUGGCUGAUCAUGGUGUUGAUAGGCCUUCAAUGGGAGAUGUUCUUUGGAAUUUGGAAUAUGCAUUGCAGCUUCAAGAAGCUUUUACACAAGGAAAAGUUGAGGAUGAGAAUGAGGCUAAAUCUGCUGCUGUUGUUGUUCCUACUUCACCUGCUCCUCCUACUACACCCCCCUCUGUUACUGAUUGUCCCCCCACACCUCCUCAACAAGAAGUAAAUAAUAGUCCUGCUGAAGUUCAAGCUAUUGAUGGCCAUUCUGGAACUGCAAUGUUUGCACAGUUUAGUAAUCUUAAUGGAAGGUGAAAUCCAUCACAUGGAAUUCUGUAAAGUUGAUCAUGUGAAGGAAGUGUUAUAUUAUAAUUUUGUAUGAAUGUGGAGAAAAAAAUUUGAUGUAUAAUGGUGUGUGAUGAUACUGUGUGAUGUUUUCUGUUGUGAAGUAUUAUGUUUGAUGGUAGAAUUUGUAAUACUGGUUAAAGUACUGGUGUGUGUAAUUAUAUGUGCAUUCAGUACCAUUAAUCAUAUGGUCUUAUAUAAUUUGAUAUGUAAUAUAUUUUGUUUUGUAAAUUUUAGGGACUGA